AUGCCUGAUUGCACCAGGUAUUAUGUUGCUGGAGCAUUCCUCGCCGGGAUAGCUCUGACUGCAGCUUACAACCGGCGGACAACAGAUUUGUCGACAAAUGUCAAAUCUCAAGACGACCCAAAGCAGCAGCACAAGCUGCUUUCUAGAUUGUCCAAAAUCAACGAUCUGGAUACGCUGAAGAAGACACUGGUGGAGCUCGAAAGCUCGUUGGCGAAAGGCGAAGGCGCUGGUGACAUCAAAAAUGGCAUUGAAGGCUGCAUUGGCGACACGCCACUUAUCAAAAUCAAAUCGCUGUCCGAGUACACGGGAUGUGACAUCUUGGUCAAGGCUGAGUUUCUCAACGGUGCCGGCAACAGCCCCAAGGACCGUGUUGCCCUCAGUAUCAUUGAAAUGGCUGAAGAGAAAGGUUUGCUUGUUCCCAACUCUGGCGACACCAUCUACGAGGGCACCGUUGGCAGCACUGGCAUUUCCCUGGCCGCAAUUUGCAGAGCGCGUGGCUACAAAGCGCACAUCUGCAUGCCAAACGACAUGGCAGUCGAGAAAUCCGACAUCCUGUUGAAGCUGGGCGCAGAAGUCGAGAGAGUCAAGCCGGCACCUAUCGUGGAUCAGAAGCAGUUUGUCAAUCUUGCGCGAACGCGUGCAGCUGAGCAUACUGCCAGUGUCGACAAGCCAGGACGUGGAUUGUUUGCCGAUCAGUUUGAGACAGAAGCGAACUGGCGUGCACAUUUCACCGGUACCGGACCUGAGAUCUACGAGCAAACAGGCGGGUCACUGGAUGCUUUCGUGAGCGGUGCCGGUACUGGAGGAACCAUAUCUGGCGUCGCUCUCUUCCUGAAAUCGCGUCUGCCGGACAUCAAGAUUGUGCUCGCUGAUCCACCAGGGAGCGGCCUUUUCAACCGCGUCAAGUACGGAGUCAUGUUUGACCCAAAAGAACGAGAAGGGACACGCCGGCGCCACCAAGUUGACACGAUCGUCGAAGGUAUUGGUAUCAACCGCGUUACUCACAACUUUGAUGUUGGGAGGGAGCUCAUUGAUGAUGCAAUCAGGGUGAAUGACGACCAGGCAACUGCCAUGGCACGCUGGCUGGUUGAACAUGACGGCAUAUUCGUUGGAAGCUCCAGCGCUGUCAACUGCGUGGCUGCUACAAAGCUAGCAAAACAACUGGGUCCCGGCCACCGCAUUGUCACACUAUUGUGCGACAGUGGUGCAAGACAUCUGAGCAAAUUCUGGGCUCAGACCAAGCCGGUUGGUGGUGCAGAAAACGACGUGUCUCUUGAGCAGGUUCUCAACACUUAA